GUGCCCGCCCCGACAUGGCCGCUUCCUGCAGGAAGAGAAGAUGGAAGGAUUGUUGCCAGGUCGUGAUGAUAAAGGAAUGGAAUAGGACAGACAGCUGCAGUUGCAUUGUCCAGCUAUACUGUUAGGAGGAUUUUUGGCAAAGAAGAGAAGAUACCUCUAAAAUACAGAGAACCAGUAUGGAAGCUAAAACCAGUGAAGAUCAUUUGAAAGUCCAGAAAAUGAAGAAGAAAGUAUUGAGGAAGCAAGUCAGAGCUCAGCAUAUGUUGAUGAGACACGAGGGCAUAAAGUGUGUCUCCCAUGCAACACAGAGCCUGGUUAUUGCCAAUGCUGGUCUUGGUAAUGGAAUGAGUAGACAGCAGUUGCUCAGAAUACUAGAAGAAUAUGGAGCAAUGGAAACACUCUUAAUGCCACCAAAUAAACCAUACUCAUUUGUGAAAUACAGAACAACAGAAGAAGCCAAGAAAGCCUUUAAUGCCCUUAAUGGAAAGGAAGUAACAUUGGAAGACUGUGACCAAAACAUUGUUCUAUAUAUUAAUUUUGUGGAAAAAGUUUCCUUGCAAAAUGCUGUUCCUACAAGCUUGCCUCCAGGCUUAAUGGUAAUUGAAAAGAUUAUUUCUCCAGAGGAAGAAAGGAGGAUGUUGGAAAGUAUUGACUGGAAAGCAGAUGAAGAUACUCAGAAUGCCCAGAAGACUUUAAAACAUAGAAGAGUAAAGCAUUUUGGAUAUGAGUUUCGCUAUGAUAAUAAUAAUGUUGAUAAAGACAAACCAUUACCUGGAGGUCUUCCUGAAAUUUGCAACCCAUUCUUGGAGAAGUGCUUAAAGCAGGGGUAUAUCAAACAUAAACCUGAUCAACUGACUGUAAAUCAGUAUGAACCUGGACAAGGAAUUCCUCCUCAUACUGAUACACAUUCUGCUUUUGAAGAUGAAAUAAUCUCUCUCAGUUUGGGAGCUGAGAUUGUGAUGGAUUUCAAACACCCUGAUGGCCAUACAGUGGCAAUUAUGUUGCCCCGAUGCAGUUUAUUGGUGAUGACUGGAGAAUCCAGAUACCUGUGGACACAUGGGAUCACACCCAGAAAAUAUGAUGUUGUUCAAGCAUCAGAACUUGGGCAAAAGGUUAGAACAAUCACUGCUGAUGUUGGGGAUUUAACAUUAAAUCGAAGGGAAACAAGGACAUCAUUUACAUUCAGGAAAGUGAGGAGAAGCCUUUGCAAUUGCAUUUACCCAUCUGUCUGUGACAGCCAGAAAGGACAGCAGAGACCAGUGCAGCCCUCAUUUCCCCAGAAUGAGAUGGAGGCCUCAAAGCUGGAGCAAGAAUAUGUACACAAAGUGUAUGAAGAGAUUGCCACACACUUCAGCAGUACCAGGCACAGCCCAUGGCCCCGAAUUGUGGAGUUUCUCAGGUCCCUGCCAACAGGGUCAAUAGUGGCUGAUAUUGGUUGUGGCAAUGGGAAGUACCUUGGCAUCAAUGAGGAUUUGUACAUGGUUGGCUGUGAUCGCAGCAAAAACCUGGUGGAUAUUUGUGGAGAAAAACAUUUCCAGGCAUUUGUCUGUGAUGCCCUGUCAGUGCCAAUCCGCAGCGGUUCCUGUGACGCCUGCAUCUCUAUUGCUGUCAUCCACCACUUCUCCACAGCAGAGCGGAGACUGGCUACUAUCCGGGAACUAGCUCGGCUUCUAAGACCUGGUGGAACAGCACUCAUUUAUGUCUGGGCAAUGGAACAAGAAUACAAAAACCAGAAGUCUAAAUACCUUAAGGAAAAGAAUGGUAGUAAAAACAAAGACAGAGAAAUGAAUACUGAUACAGCCCAGAGACCAUUUAGUGACCAAGGGCCUGAUAACAGCAGCCAAGACUCAGCAUGGUCUGACCAACUCCUUAAUGACUUCAAGGAUGAAAGCUGUGGUGCCAAGCCAGUAGCAGACUUCAGACUGCCUGUUCACACUAACAGAACUUCUUUUCACUCUCAAGAUUUGCUGGUUCCCUGGCACCUGAAAAGUGGUUCAAAAAAGAAAGAGGAAAGUGUUGAUACAGUGGUGGUUCCAGGUGGCUCCAAAGAAUUGCAAGAACUCAGCCCUGUUUUCCACCGCUAUUACCAUGUGUUCUGUGAAGGGGAACUGGAAGCAGUGUGCAGAUCCCUGGAUUGUGUGAGGGUUCAAAAGAGUUACUAUGAUCAGGGAAACUGGUGUGUGAUUCUAGAAAAGUUGUAGUCUGUGAUGCUUCCUCUACUAUCUGUAGAGUUUUCUUUGUUUUUUUACAGUGAAAGAUAUUUUGUGAAAGGUAUUUUUAAUGCAGACUGCAGCUAUUGCCUCUUUUAAAAUGGCAGAAUAAAGAUUGUGCAUUGAGUUAAUAACAGUGGCUAGCACUGUGUGCAUAUGUUAACAAAACAAUGGCCAAACUCAGCUACUACCUCUGCAGUGUUUGCUUCACUUCUCUGAAUUACAGUGAAGAGGAUUACGUGGGAAAAUACUGCCCAUGCAAAUCACUAAGAGCAGUGUUGAGCUUUUAAGACAGAGGGCCUAGUUCUCCCUUCUGUUACACCAUUUUAUAUUGAUGUAGCUGCAGUGUUUUCCCUGCAGUCCACAGCUAAUUGGAAUGGAGCUCUGGGCAGGAAAGGCAGAGCUGUUUGCUGUGUAAAAUUGUGGGUGAGGGAGGAGGGAGUGAUUGGCACAUGAAGCAGUUAAACUGAAGAGUCAAACUGUUGCCUCAAGUUUGGUCUUGCCUCUUUUGGUGUCCGUGAGUGGUGACAGAUCUCUUUCAGUUUGGAAUUUACUCUCUUGGUUGUGGUAAUAAUUAUUUCCUCAAAGGGAACUGAAAAGAUAUUGGGGAUAGCACAGACACUUUGCUCUUCCUUGGCUCUCAAAUACCCACAAGAUUUCUGUAGCUCUUCAUUGCAGUGUUUGUGAAAGCUCCUGUGAGAUGUGAGUUCCAGCCCAGCUGGAACAGCCAGAACAG